AUGGGUUUCAACUCUCAGCCAAUCUCCGGCGAGGUGGCCGAUCCCCUGAGGCAGAAGGCGGAGGAGCUUAAAUGCCCCCGUUGCGACUCUACCAACACCAAGUUCUGCUACUACAACAACUACAGCCGCUCUCAGCCGCGCCACUUCUGCAAAGCCUGCAAGAGGCACUGGACGGCCGGCGGGACCCUCCGCAACGUCCCCGUCGGCGGCUGCCGGAAGGCCAGCCGCCGUCCGAAGACCCCCCAUCAACCCUCCUCCGGCAAGCAAACUAUCAAGCUGCCGCUGUCCCUCCCACAGGACCUCUUCUUCCCCCAGCCGGAUUUCCCCGACUGUGGCUACAUGGGCUCGCUCCCGCUCCACCACGGCGGCGUCGCGGCGGCGGAGACGGGCGGCGGUGGGUGCUCCUUCCCCUUGUUCCUGAACCUCUUGGGGUCCGAAGACUUGCCUCUGGAGGCGACGACGGCCGCGCCGUGGGACCUGCUGCAGCCAACGCAACCGAGCUUCAGCACCGUGACCACGGCAAGCAGCUGCCAGACGGCGGCGGAGUCCCCUUCUCCACCUUCUUCCAGUGGCUGCUGGGACGAUCUGACCGGCUUCCUCUUCUCCCCCCACCUAGAGCACCCUCCUCCGCCGCCGGGUCCCUACCAGUCCAAGUAUUCGAGCUCCCCCGCGCAAUGA